UCUCCCCUCCCUUUUAAUGCCACCAUCUCCUCCUCGCUCCUGCAGCUUCGAAUCACUAUCUCUCUAGACAAGCAGAGUUUUUGUCUCGCUUUCUCUCUCUAAAACCAAAACAAGAAGAAGACAGACGCUUCAACAGACAAGAUGAGUUCCAAAAUCUUUCAGGUCGCAUUGUUAAUGGCUCUCUUAGCCACGUCAUGCUUCGGUCAAGCCCCCGCUCCAGCUCCCUCUGCCACUUCUCCGCCGCCGGUCGCCACUCCUCCGCCUGACUCCACUCCUCCGCCGGCACCGACCACCGCUCCUCCUCCGGCACCGACCCCCGCCCCAGUCGCCCCUACCCCAGGCCCCGCUACCCCUCCGCCGUCGGCUGCUCCUUCUCCAGCUGAUGUCCCCGCCGCGUCCCCACCGAGUCCGUCUGGUCCCGCUCAAAGCCCCGGCGGACCAUCCUCCGGCCCCUCCGCCGAAGCCCCAUCACCUCCCAACGCGGCUUUCUCCAACAACGCCUUCGCCUACGCCACAGCUUUCGCCGCCGCUCUCUACGCCGUCGUUUUAGCCUGAGACCCUCACGUCCCGUCCCCUACGAGACGAGAUCUGUUUUUUGUUUUUCUUUCCUGAUUUUGGUUCACGUCUGUGAGAUUUGAUUUGAUUUGAUUGAUUACUCGUUUCUUUAAUUAUGAUGGGUUUGUGUUUUAAUUGGUAAUUUCAUCUGGUAAUUAUUUCGGUGGGUGUAAUGGGCUGUUGACACGUGUAAUAUUCGAUAGAGGGACCAAUGGUUUGUGGUGGGAUCUGUUUGUACAUCCAAUAAUAUAUUAUUCAUAUCAUUUAAUUA